AUGAAAAUCCUUCUCCUCCUCUUACUCUCAUGCUUUCCGGCGCUAUCAGACCAUCUUCUAGUGCGGGAUGAGGCCUCGUCAGCUGUUCCUCCAAAUCUUCAUGCGUUGUUUGCUCAGCCUUCUCUCCGCAACAUCGCAAGCAGCAAAAGCGCCCAAUGGUCUCAGCUCAAGCCUCGUCAGCUUGCAGCUGCAGACAAGGAGAUCGCAUGUCCCAUGAGAGUGCGGGGAGGGAUGUCGUUAAGGCGCGGGCAGGUCAUCAACUUCAUGACGGGGGAGCCGGUGGAGGAGGUUGAGUUCGAGGACAUUGAUUCAGAGGAGGACAUGCGCGGAGCAGUGCCUGUGGACUGGCUGCCAAGAGGAAGCUUCUUGCUGCCGGAAGAGAGGAGGAUGCUCAACGACUACGACGCCGAGGACGAGGCGACUUCGCCUCCUCCGGUGCCCGCGGAGGAUCAAAACUCGACGAGCGGAAGCCUGACGAUGAAGAUGCUGCGCAAGGUUGUUGAGUGGGGUCGAAACUUUCAGUCCUCCUCCACCUCACCGGCGGAGGCCCGUCAGCUGCUUCCCCGCCUCCUCCAGGGCCUCAGGCUGUCAAGCCUCGGAUGCUUUGGUGGGGCUGCUGAGAAGCAGACGAGCAGACGAGCAGAGGAUGGAGCAGACGGGAGGACGAAGCUUGGCGAGCAGGAGUCCGAGGAGGAGGAGCCGAGGAAAGAGAUCUGGGACGGGGACAACAUCGCUGUGCUCAACGACCCUCUCGACCUGCGGGGGGUUCGACGAGACUUGCUGAGCAAGAAAGAGAUUCUCAACGUGACUGAGCGAGUCGAGGAGAUGAUCGCCGACUACUACGGCGAGUACUUCCCCGAGUUCGAAGCCUUUCUUGGUCAAUGCCACAGGAUGAGGAAAGUUCUGAUGGCGGUGGGGGAUGAGGAGCCGACUGAAGUCUCUCGGAAUAUCUUAGAGUCACUGCACAAGGCGAUUACUGCAGCUGAACAGAAUCUGAAGCUCAUGCUCAUGCCCUUCGGUCGCGACGAAGCUGAGGAGAAGCACAGGCUGCUCUGUUCCUGCGUGCCGAUCCGACCGAAGGCGAUGGAGAGGCUGACGGAGAUCACGUCGGAGAUCUCCGCGCUGCUGGAGGAAGGGGCUGACCUCCUGCUGGUUGACUUCGCGCCCGUGGGGUUCUCUCAGCUUGUCAAGCACAGGCAGGCGCGGGCCAGCUGGCGGAGGGAGUGCGGGGCGCACUCGGUCGCCGGGCACAAGAGGAAGGUGAGAAAGGCGGUGAGAGACGCGCUGCUGCACGAGAGGAACAAGAGCAGCGAGCUGCUCCCCCCAGCUGUGGCGGUGGAGGAGGUUGACAUCCCCUGCUACGUGCUCGACAGCAUCGUUGAGGUGAAGUUGCUGGUGUGA